UGUGCCGGUCAAAUAAAAGUCCGUGGGUCUGUCUGACGUGCUCAAGUGUCCAUUGUGGAAGAUAUGUGAAUGGCCAUGCAAAAAAGCAUUAUGAAGAUGCACAGAUUCCUAUCACCAAUCAUAAGAAAACAGAAAAACAAGAGAAAGUUCAGCAUACCGUGUGUAUGGAUUGCAGUAGUUACAGUACAUACUGUUAUCGCUGCGAUGAUUUUGUAGUCAACGAUACCAAGCUGGGCCUGGUACAGAAGGUCAGAGAGCACCUACAGAACUUGGAAAAUUCAGCCUUUACAUCAGACAGACAUAGGAAAAGAAAACUAUUGGAAAACUCAUCUCUGAACAGCAAGUUAUUAAAAGUAAAUGGAAGCACCACUGCCCUUUGUGCCACAGGCCUUCGGAACCUGGGGAAUACGUGUUUCAUGAAUGCAAUCCUUCAGUCGCUCAGUAACAUUCAACAGUUUUGCUGUUACUUCAAAGAGUUGCCUGCUGUGGAGCUGAGGAAUGGGAAGACGGCAGGCAGACGAACUUACCAUACCAGGAGCCAGGGGGAUAACAACGUGUCACUGGUGGAAGAAUUCAGAAAGACACUCUGUGCUUUAUGGCAAGGAAGCCAAACUGCAUUUAGUCCAGAGUCUUUAUUUUACGUUGUUUGGAAAAUCAUGCCAAAUUUUAGGGGCUACCAGCAACAGGAUGCCCACGAGUUCAUGCGUUACCUUUUGGACCAUCUACACCUGGAACUCCAGGGUGGCUUCAAUGGUGUUUCACGUUCAGUCAUUUCGCAAGAAAAUUCUAGUCUGUCUGCCAGCAACAAAUGUUGCAUAAAUGGAGCGUCUACUGUUGUCACAGCAAUUUUUGGAGGCAUUCUGCAAAAUGAAGUCAACUGCCUAAUAUGUGGGACUGAAUCUAGAAAGUUUGACCCAUUCCUAGACCUUUCACUAGAUAUUCCAAGUCAAUUCAGAAAUAAACGUACUAAAAAUCAAGAAAAUGGACCAAUGUGCACACUACGAGAUUGUCUUCGCAGUUUUACAGACCUGGAAGAACUUGAUGAGACAGAGCUGUAUAUGUGUCACAAAUGCAAAAAGAAACAGAAGUCCACCAAAAAAUUCUGGAUUCAGAAACUACCAAAGGUGCUAUGCUUACACUUGAAACGAUUUCACUGGACAGCAUAUCUGAGAAACAAGGUUGAUACUUAUGUUGAGUUUCCCUUACGAGGCCUAGACAUGAAAUGCUACUUGUUAGAGCCUGAGAACAGUGGCCCAGAAAGCUGCCUGUAUGACCUUGUGGCUGUUGUUGUGCAUCAUGGUUCAGGCGUUGGCUCUGGACAUUACACCGCAUACGCAGCUCACGAAGGCCGCUGGUUCCAUUUCAACGACAGUACUGUAACUUUGACCGACGAGGAGACUGUGGUAAAGGCCAAGGCCUACAUCCUCUUCUACGUGGAACGGCAAGCCAAAUCUGGAUCAGAUAAACUUUAAUACCUCCUUUCAAUUCUCACUUAUCAAGUCCACCGGACAAAACAUUUCCAUUUUUCCAUAAAUACUUGAUCCAAGACUAUUAAUUUCAUUGUGCACUUUUCAAUUUCCUCUUGUGGGUUUUAGUUUUGUUGUGUCGAUGGUAGCAUUUGACUUACUGAACUUGGACACAAACUAACUUUUUUUUUUUGUUUUAGUUAUACCAGAAAACCUCAGCAGAUUUUGAUUUGCUGCUUUAGUUGUGAUAACUCAAUUUUUAUAUAUAGUUUCAUGAAAUACUUAGUUAUUUGACUUUUUUAUAUUAAUGUUUUCAGUUCUCACUUUCUAAAGGCACAUUUACAUCAGAGAAGCUUUCUAGCCUCCUUACAAGCAAGAUAAAUGUGCUUCUGAUUAUGAAGAGCAAUACAACUUCACGCUGUUCUCACAGCUGUUGCGUAGAUAUGAUUUAAUCCCUUUAAAUCAAGGCAUUGUUUGCACGUACUAUUUUCUCUCGUGCAAGAAACUAAACAGUGACCUCUGAACAAUCAUUCUUUGUCUGCAGAAGA